AGGCGAUUCCUCAGCGGUUGGCGUCCGCAGUAGGCAGGCUGACGCUCUAAAGUCGUUCUUAGAUCGCGCAAAUGCUGCAGCUACAUUGAAUUAGGGCUUCAUCGCAUACUUUGUAAUAGAUUAUAAUUACUUCUUCUUCUACAAAUGUGCUGCUCCUCUGUUUCCUUCUAACUGAAACAGAUGGAUGGUACGUCUGGAGGCAAUGUGCUUGGCGGAGGAGCGCCAAAGGACGAUACUAUGACAGGAUGGGAAAAUUAAGGGUAGGUUAAAGGUGCUUUUCUUACCGCUUUUUAUGCCUCUCUCAUCCUAAGGGGGAGGGAGAAAGGCAUACUAACAAGCGGGGUAAGCGAGCACCAAAAACCUACCUCUAAGAAAAGGAGUAUGCUGAGAGGGCGAUAGCGAAAGCUCAUGAACAAGCACAGCAAGGACAAGGUACGGCUGCUUUUCGAGCUGACCUAAGGAACCCAGCAGACCAGAUCUUACCACGUAAAGUAGCGUAUCUGGAUUUUGAGGUGUCGAAGGAAGCAGCUGAUGACCUGUUGCGUCGUCGCAGAGCCUCUUUCACCGCUGGCAGUGGGGUAUUGCCUCUGCGGAUGAAGAAGACACAAGAAGCGGUGGAGAAGGAGGGAGAAACUGACAAAACCAGUAGUAGUAGAAGUAAAAGAACAUCAUCAACAACAUCUGGCGCAAAAAAAGGCGAGGAGAAUACUGAUAAUAUUACUCGUGAAGUAGAGAGUACAACGAAAGACUCCUCAGAAGCCAAAAACUCCUCUCGAAGAACCCGGCAAAACAGGCAACCACGUGCAUCAUCGACUGACGCUUCGGCUUUUGCCUUCGGUGCACGCUACGAACCGCACGAGCGAUCUCUGGGACGCGGUAGGGCUACCAUAUUCUCUUAAGGGUAGGUUAAAGGUGUUCCUGUUACCGUUCGUUUUGCCUUUCUGAAGGGGGAAAGGCAUAACGAGCGGGGUAUUAAACGAACACCAAUAGCCUACCUCUAAAAAAAUGGCGCUUCGCCUCCAAGCAAGAAAACUGCUGUUGCGGCAAUUAAGGUUUACCCUAAUCCAUCUUCGGAAGCAUUUUUGAGGUACGUUUUCAAGGGGAGACGGCCUCAGAAGCGGCCUCCUUCGAUAUGGAUUGGGGUCAGCGCUAAGGCAAGUCGAGCAGGCAACUCGAAUCACAACAAGCCUGGACAACUCGAAUCACCACUCCGAAGACGCAUUAGGCUGAGUGAAAAAUCGAAACGUGAAAAUCGAAAGAUUGAUGCCCUUUUGCGUCCAACUAGAACGCAGCUGCAACGGAUCGCGGAUAUCUACGAUCCGCCUCUGUCAGAUGAAGACUAUGAACAGGACUGAAAAGAGUGCAUUCGAUGGCACGAGGAUAGUUGCAUCCGCAAUGUAACAGUACUAGUAAAUAGAUCUAGAUUUAGAUAGUGAACCAAUAGAGACCACAGAAAUGAGCAAGAUGAGUAAGUCAUGAAUCUUGAUAGUGAACCAAUAAAGACAGAAAUGUGCAAGAUACAAGUGAAAGAUACAAGUCGUCAUCUAUUCUAGAUAGUGAACCAACAAAGUGCAAGAUACAAGUCGUAAAUUCCGGUGCUUAAGGUAGAAAUAUUAUAGAAUAACACUGUUAGAGGUGGUUGCUAGCUUCGUAUUGUACUUCUUAGUCAUUUUAAAAGCCACCUUCAUUAUUUUAGAAGUUUAAUGCAAAGCGCCGAGUUGUGGUCGUCAUUCUGUGCAUACUAGUGAUCCUGCAUUGUGCUAGUCCUAGUACUGAAGAAAAUUUGAAUACAUAGAAGAGACGAAAAACGCAUCUCAAAAACAAGGAGGUGUCAUACAUGUUAUGUCAAAUGAACUACGGGCUCACGCUCAAUUACAAGACAUAUCGACCACUGCAUAAUCAUAGGAGCACUACACAUACACAUGAUUUGCAUUAGAGCUUCAUUCGCUAGCUUCAGGUUCAGCCAUUAUUAUUCGCACAAUAUAGAAUUCGGCUUGAAGUUGAAAGAUGAGUUAUUACCUUGAUGAAAUAGAACAAAAUGAAAAUGCAUCAAUAUUCAGUCGAAAGUUUAUUUAAAAUAGUUCAUAUGACGAGUAAGCCUUAGGUCCAUGAAAACGUUCGCAAUUAUAUAUGCCCGCUUGAGCGUCACCACCCUAGCAAAACUCACCUUGUUUCAGAAAUCUGCACAAAUCAAACUGCAAUAUUACGUUUGCUGAUGAAGCACUACAACCUACUUCGAUCGAGGAUACAGGUCAAACUGUGGACGGCGAAUCAAAUCCUAUCCUAACCCUUCACCCGUUUUAUG